AUGAUGAAUUUAACUGUAGUUACCUCCCUUCUCGUCAUGGUGGCUAUUUCGUUACAAUCUGUUUCAGGUAUAAAACAACCGACAAGACUACAAACAAUAAUGAUGAAUUUAACUGUAGUUACCUCCCUUCUCGUCAUGGUGGCUAUUUCGUUACAACCUGUUGAAGCUGCAGGGCGAAGAUGUUGGUGUGAUGCCCGAGUAAACGAUGUAGUUAUUAAAAACUUUGAUGUAAUUGAUAGUUGUGGUGGAUGGUGCGGAUGUGGUGAUAACAGAAUUAAUAGAUGUGGUUUAACUUGUGAUGAAAAGGUCCAGGAUUGGGUAGAAACUGUUUGUUUACAGAAAUAUAAAGGACAACAAGUUAGAUCUCACUUUAAAGCCAGUAAUUGUAAGACCGGAGAUGGAAGUCGCACAUACACCUGCAAUCUACCAAAAUUAUGUACUGAAAAAGUCACCGAAAAUAUCGUUUUCACCCAAACAGUGACCACUUGUGGCACUGCUUCUGAGGGUAUGAGUGGUUCUUCCAAGACCGGAGAUCAUUGGAAGAAAAUGUCGAAGAAGAGUCGUGGAAGUCUUCCUGAUGCCGAUAGAAGCACUCUUCAAUAUUUCCAUGUCAGGCUUAAAACAGAUAUCUGUCUUCAUCCACUAAUAGAUCAUCUAUUUAACGAGCAAGUUAUUGAUCAAGACGAAUUGGAUAUUAUAACAACAACUAAAGAACGAAGUGGCCGUGCUUCAGGUGUGGAAAAAAUGCUGGAAAUUUUGCGAUUUUCGGGAAGACAGGCAUUCCAUUUGUUUCUUGAGUGUCUUGAAAAUAAAGAUGUAGGAUAUGAAGAAUUGGCUAAAGAGCUUAGGAAACACAGACAGACUCUUCUGCCUGUUUAA